UCUCUCUCUCUGUGGAAACUGCUUUUGUUUUUCGGUGUCUCUACUCUUGCCUGAUGAGAGAGAGAGGGGUUCGAAUCCGAUUUGAGCACCCUCGGAGGAGUCCCAGUCCCCUUCUCUCGCUCUGCAUCUACACUUAAUAUGUUGGGGUGUUCUGGGAAGCAGCACCGUAUGAGCAGAUGCUGUAGGCCUCCUGCAAAUGGGUACCUCUCUCUCUUUCUUCCCAUUUUAUCGCUUCUCUUCGUCACUUCCACUGCUUGCUCCAACGGCAAUUGCCAGGUUCUAGACUCAUGCUCUGCGGCCACCGACUGUGGGUCUGGCCUCUACUGUGGCAACUGCCCUGCAAUGGGCAAAAACCAACCCCUCUGCAUCAGAGGCCAAGCUACAAUUCCCACUUCUGUUAUCAAUGGGUUGCCCUUCAACAAGUACUCUUGGCUCGUCACCCAUAACUCUUUUUCCAUUGUCGAUGCACCGUCCUUGACCGGUGUUCAGAGAAUUACAUUCUACAAUCAGGAGGACUCUGUUACUAACCAAUUGCUGAAUGGAGUGAGAGGACUGAUGUUGGACAUGUACGACUUCGAGGACGAUAUCUGGCUCUGCCAUUCAUUCCGUGGACAGUGCUUUAACUUCACUGCCUUUCAACCUGCAGUUAACACCUUGAAGGAAGUUGAGGCAUUCUUAGGUGCAAAUCCGACAGAAAUUGUGACCAUUAUAAUUGAAGAUUAUGUGCAUUCUCCAAAAGGGUUGACCAAGCUAUUCGCUGCGGCUGGUUUGGACAAAUAUUGGUUUCCCGUGUUGAAAAUGCCGAAGAAGGGUCAAGAUUGGCCCACUGUAGCUGAUAUGGUGCAACAAAAUCACCGGUUACUGGUUUUCACUUCCGACUCUUCAAAAGAAGCAGAUGAAGGAAUUGCUUACCAGUGGAGGUACAUGGUGGAAAAUGAACCUGGGGACGGUGGUGUGGAACAAGACUCUUGCCCAAACAGGAAGGAAUCACGGCCACUCAAUUCAAAGAGCGUGUCUCUUUUUCUACAGAACUACUUCCCGACAAUCCCAGCUCAGUCUGAUGCUUGCAAAGAGCAUUCAUCUCCUCUUGCUGAUAUGGUCGGUACCUGUAUCAAAGCAGCGGGGAAUACAAUGCCCAACUUUUUGGCAGUGAACUUCUAUAUGAGGAGUGAUGGAAGAGGUGUUUUUGACGUUCUAGAUCGGAUGAAUGGCCAGACAUUAUGUGGGUGUAGUUCUAUUACUGCUUGCCAGGCAGGAGCUCCCUUUGGAGUUUGUAAAAACAUCCCUGUUUCUAAUGGAACUUCACCAACCUAUGCUGCUGGAAGUUUUUCUGGAUCUGUGGAAUUGACAGGAUCUACUUCAACAGUUCGUGUUACAAGUUCCUACAUUUCCUGCUUUUUAUAUUUCAUGUCAAUGUUGUUUCUACUGUGACUAAAUCAGACGUCUUCAAGCUAGAUGGUGAUCAGUAAUGCCUUGGGGCUGGGUUUUUAGUUUUUGUAGUACGUAAAUUUUAGAAAUAGGUAUAUCAAAGCAUGCUUUGAAGAGUGAAGUGAAUGGCUUGAAAUGCUAGCUAGAUUCCUGAAAAAUGAUUGGCAAAAAAUAGAAAUCAGUUCAGGUUUCUAGUCAGACAAAAGGUUGAGAGUUGUAUAGGGAAUUUGAGGUCAAAAUGGGCCAGAAGAGACCAGGAAGCUGCCAGCAUGUUAUUCAGGUGUUUUUGCUAGACUUCUGUCUCUCUCUCUUCCUCUCUUUCUGUUUGUGACACAGGUCUGCUAAAUUUGCUUUAGUUGCAUUUUUUUUUCCCUUUCA